CCGCCCGGGGGCGGCUCCGCUGAUCCUCGCCCGGCUCUCCCGGCUCGCCGGCAUCCCCCGCGCCCCCCGUGCGGUGUGUUGUGCGCUGCAGGGCGCCAUGGGGUUCGUCGUCUCGAAGGCCAUGAACGACAGCCUGAAAGGGCAGCAGGAGUUUAUGCGGCUGCAGCUGGAAAGGCAAUUAAUACUGCAGAACCUGAUGAGAGAGAGACAAACAGCCAUGCAGAUUGCUUGGACACGAGAAUUUCUCAAAUAUUUUGGGACAUUUUUUGGACUUGCUGCUGUGGUUUUAACAACUGGAGCAGUAAAAAGGAAGAACCCAGCAGUUUUGCUGCCAAUACUUCCCUUAAGCUUUGUAUUUUCCUAUCAAUAUGAUAUGGGAUAUGGGACGCUGUUGCAAAGGAUUAAAGGUGAAGCAGAGAGCAUACUUGACACACAGAGCACUUUGCUAGAAUUGCCAAAAGGACCUCUCACAUUUGAAGACUUGGAGAAGAUCAGACUAUCUCAGAGCAAUUUCUUCACAGAAAAAUAAGAAGAUGGUAUUAAAGCUACAUAUCUGAAAAGUGAUUAUAGUACUGCA